GCCGCUUCUUCCGCUUCCGGCGCGGCCAUGCUGUGUCGCUGGUGGGCAGCGUCAGGAUUCGGUGCGGGGAGCGGGCGGUGGGCGAGCUGCAUGGCGAAAAGCAAGUUCGAGUAUGUGCGGGACUUCGAGGCGGACGACACCUGUCUGCCCAACUGCUGGAUAGUGGUCCGGCUGGAUGGCCGCAACUUCCACAGGUUUUCAGAGCAGCAUGAGUUCAAAAAGCCCAAUGAUGACCGUGCUCUUCAGCUGAUGACCAAGUGUGCCCAGACAGUGAUGCAAGAACUGGAAGAUAUUGCUAUUGCUUAUGGACAGAGUGAUGAAUAUAGUUUUGUUUUUAAAAAGAAGAGCAGAUGGUUUAAAAGAAGAGCAAGUAAGUUCAUGACUCACGUGGUCUCCCAGUUUGCCUCAAGUUAUGUCUUCUACUGGAAGGAUUACUUCAAGGACCAGCAACUUCUGUACCCACCAGGAUUUGAUGGACGAAUUGUGUUGUAUCCCAGCAACCAGAACAUAAAGGACUACCUCAGCUGGAGACAAGCAGACUGCCAUAUCAAUAACCUUUAUAACACAGUGUUCUGGAUGCUUGUACAGAGAAGUGGUUUGACACCAGUGCAGGCACAGGACAGACUCCAGGGAACUUUUGCUGGAGAUAAGAAUGAAAUCUUAUUUUCUGAAUUCAAUAUCAACUACAACAAUGAACCUUUGAUGUAUCGAAAGGGGACAGUCUUAAUAUGGCAGAAGAUUAAUGAAAUCAUAACCAAGAAAAUAAAAAUGCCAAAGGAAGAAGAAGAAAAGGAAGUUGAAGUGAACCGGACCAGGACUAAAGUUGUUCCCCUGCACUGUGACAUUAUUGGGGAUCAGUUCUGGGAGGAACAUCCUGAGAUUCUGGCUGACAGUAGUUGAUGUCUCUGAGUAUAACCAAUAGUUUAUAUUUUGCUCUGCUUGGGUUGCUGGCAAGUGAGGGGUAUGAAUGGUGGCUGGAAGGGUUUAACUUGUAACCCUCUUCAACAACUACAUUGGUUUUAGCACUGGUGUUGCCUGAAAAAAAAAGACACUGGUAUGUUCUCUGCCAUACAAGGCUAUGCCCAUAUGCCAAACCCAAUAUGUUAUAUUUUGAAUGUUAAAAUGCACCAUAAAUUAAGACUGCUCCUUUUGUAUAUGUGCAGAUUUGUAGAAAAAGUGUACAGAAAUUUUGUGCAUUUCUAUAAUAUUUAAACCAUGAGAUAUUUUACUGGACUGCUGAACUACAAAAAUGUUGCAUGUUUGAACAAUUAAAAGCAGCAGAUAAAAUAAUUCUUCUGAUUUUUGUUUUAGCUGAGGGGGACCAGAGAAUUUCAACUGGCAUUUAGUAUUAAAUUUCCAGGCCAGUGUGUUUAGUCAGAUUAAUAACAAACUGUUCAGCUGCCUAAUCUCUCUGAUUCUUACAGAGAGAAAAUUGAGCAGCCCAGCAGUUUCCUGUGACUGAUUUUAAAAGCUCUUGUCAAAUGUAUAGGAGUUUUAUACUUCUGUAAAAAUAAAAACUUCUUUCCUGCUGUGUUUA